GUAUAUGAAAAAGGAUUAAAUAGAAAGCGUAAAAAACAAAUCCAAAUUAUAGAUCCACUUAAAAAUUUAUCGUAUAAUUAUAAUAACAAAGCUAGUACACAUAGGUGUCCUUGCUUCGCAUAUGGGGAUGAGAUAAAUCGCCGGGUUAAGAAAGAGGUUAAUAUUUUAUUUCAGCGAUUAUUGGAAUACAACGAAAAAACUUUUGAUAAAUUUAUGCAAGAAAUUACUAUAGAGCAUGAAAAGCGG